AUGUUGAUGCCAAUUAGCUGUGUUGAGUGCCGGAGGCGGAAGGUCAAGUGCAACAAGCAGGUGCCUUGCAACCAGUGUUUAGUACGGAAUCGGCAAUGUUCUUAUCCAGAAAAGUUCCGCUCCAUUCGCGUUGACCAGUUCAUCGUAGAUGCUCCAGAAAAUGAGAACGCGGACACUCCCGGCUCGGGCUUGGUGCUGCCUACCACUGGUGCUGUCAAGUCGGAGCCUCCGACUAUCCCUGCGAAACGAGGAGCCGAAGAUGGCCCCGAGAUAGUCGGAGACGCAGGAAACGACAAAGACGAGAUAAUACAAAGCCUGCGCAAGGACAACGAGGCUUUGAAGUUGAAAAUUAAAGAACUUAAACUGAAGUACAAACGCGAUAAACUGAAAGAGUACGAUGAGGACAACGGUGCAGAGGAUUGCGGUAGUCCCAAACCAGCCGGCGCCAUGUACUGCGGUCCUAAUUCGACACGGUUUAUGAUUUCGAGAGCUUUAUCGAAUGCGGACGUCGGAGAGUUUGACGACUUUAUCAAUGUCAAGAGACAGAUGAAGCAAAAGCGCCAGCUACCACUUCUGUACGAGAUCAACCCGGAAAAGGCCAAGUCAAUGACCGCUAAACAAAAAAUGCAAGAAAACAUCUCACUGAUUCGCAGGCUUGUGUGCAAGUUUUUCCACCUUCGAUUCCACUAUUUAAACUACCUUGAAGAAGCCCCGUUGUUGGCCUUCCUCGAUAAUUACAGGAACGCCAAAACCUGGAAGGACGAUGAUGACACUUUGCUACUCAUUAUCAUGGUGCUGAUUGUUGUGCUGCGCUCAGUGCCCGCGAGCGAUACGCUCUUCCAAGAGUACAACCUCACUUACGAGCGCACGAGGCCGCUGCUGUACAAGCAGUACAGGAACUUGAAAUGCGGCAUUCAAAUAGAAACCACCACCAGUUUGCGCGCUUACAUUCUUGAAUGUGAAGAUCUUUAUUUCAACAACCAGAUAGAAAGGUCAUGGAGUCUGCUCUUCCGAAUUGUUAGUGCUGCGUACUCACUUGGGUUACAUGUGUACGAUGAGACCAUUGCCGAUACACUCAAAAAGGAAAAUAGCGAAACUGCUCUCGACAUUGUGAAAAAAAACCAACGGGCAUCUCUGUGGUUCGUUAUCAAUUUUGUAUCUGCCACUCUUUGCUCUGUCUUGGGCCGCCCGAAUCCCGUCACAUUCACGUUCCAGCCCUUGCUAAGAAACUAUGAGAUUAGGCUAAAUUACAAAAUAGGGCUGGCAGAGUUGGUGAAGAAGUCUACCAACAUCCUAAUUGACUCAUACAAAGUCAACAUUAAUUUUGACACCAUCAUGGAAAUAGAUGAGGCAUUUGUUAGCGAGGCCUUAAUUUACGAAAAAAUCCUAGCCGAUACACGAGAGGUCCGAAAUUUCAAAGGACGAGACAAAUCCAAGCCCAGCUAUAUCACAUUGCCCAUCAUUGACAAGAAAGCGAGAAGGAAAAAUUCGUUCAAGUCACUGAGUCAGCUGAACCUAAACCAGCUUCUCAAUAGCUGUCCUUUGGACAUCCGUUUCACGAUUUUGCGGCCAUGCACAACUGAACCUGAAGAAAGAUUCUGCCUCCUGGAUACCGAUUGCGAUACACUCAAUGAUCUCAUCAUGCUGUAUGGUAAUAGAGCUAAAUUUCACCAGCAUUUCAUGUCGAGCUACCCAAAAUCGUUAGAGAGCUGUUUAGACUCAGUUUUGAAGGUUUUGGAUCACGCUCGGUUGCUCGUUGAGUUACACAACAAUUUUUUCCACAGACCAUUAUUCCAUGACAUAUACCCAUUCUUCUACACCUUUUUCUACCAAACCCUGGUCGUGAUGUAUACUGUGAUGCAUCUUGGGUACAACAAGUUAUGCGCGUACUCUGAUACCAUCGGUGCUAUACGCCAACAGCUUCUACAUCUUUUUGAGAUUGUGGAACUCAACUACUGGAGGCCUAAUGUCGUGCGAAUUAUGCAGUACAUCAAUGAAAUGUGCGACAACUACUUCAAAAUGCACGCAGAUGUGCAAAAACAAAACCCCUCACUGAACGCUAGGAACUCUGAACAGAAAGCUGAAAUGGGGUCUCAAUCUCGAGCCUCUGGACUGUACCAGCUCGCAAUGACGCCAAUCCAGGAAGACGGUCUCCCUCUUUCCUCAAACUCAAAAAUACAAGUUCACAACGUGCCUGAGCAUCUUUCGCAGAACCCUACUAGAAUGGACAACGUUGCAAGUCAAAACUCUCCAGAACGUAUUCCAUUUUACAUGUGCAAUAGUGGCAACUCAUUAUCUCAAAUCAGUCUUGGAAAUUGUACUCUAGAUUACUAUGAUCCUAAACAGCAACUGUUUCCGUUGCCACCGCAAACCAAAAGCACGGAUUGCCAAACGUCGGGCGUUGACCAGCUCGACUCAUCGAUAACGGUCGAUCCGCUGUUGGGCUUCGAUCUCAGCGACCCCUUUUGUAUUCAGAAUCCUUCCAACUUCAACUACUCAGCUGCUAUAGAUCAGGACAAUGACUCGGACAGCGACGCACCACUGACCGUACGGCCCAAAAAUACGAGAUUCAAUUCCAACGAUUCUAACGACUUCACCAACUACCUCUCGGCUAGUCAUAAUAGUCGUGGAAAUACUCUCUGA